ACACUCCAGAGCUGAAGGAGGCGAUAAUGCAUCAAAACGCUGAAUACCAACCGCCGUAAAAUUAGCAGAAGAAGAAGAAAGUGUAUCGAAGUGGUAUCUCUUUCCAACUAAUUAACAGAAAGAGCUUAUUUUAUUAAACAAUGUCAACAGCGAUGAACUUUGGGAACAAGACGUUCCGACCGCGUCCUCCGGACAAAGGAGCGUUUCCCUUGGAUCACUUCGGUGAGUGUAAAUCAUUCAAAGAGAUAUAUAUGCAGUGCCUAAGACAAAAUCAUUUUGACAACUCGCGAUGUCGGAUGGAAUCAAAAGAGUAUCUGGAGUGCAGAAUGGACAGACAGUUGAUGACAAAAGAACCUCUUGAAAAACUUGGCUUUAAUGAUUUGACGGAGGAACUGUCAGAAGAAAAUAAAGCCAGAUCCUGACAAAGUGUUCUUUUAGUUGAUCUGGCCGUGUGAUCUGAAUAGCGUGCACACUAUCUUGAGGUAAAGUUGGUUUUAUAUUCGCACAUUCCGACUUUCUCAUUAAUAAUAUAAUCUCAGUAAAGUAUUCAUUGCAAAUUCUAAAUAGUGAAAUCAUAUUAUCAGCCAACAACCAUCUAAGUACAACAUUGUUUACAGUCAAUUGUUGUUUUGAAGUCAUAUUUACUUGUGAUUUUUGUUCGAAUAUUCAAAGUACCAUGGUAAACAAUGUAUGAAGCUGUCACUACACGAAUGUGCGAAUAUAAAUCUAACUUUACCUCAAUAUAAACUAUUAGCCAGAGCCCAUGCUUGGUGCUCUGACUGAUAUUUGAAGUUGUUGUUUAAUCGAAAGGUAAUGAUUUGAAGUUCAAUCUUAAUGGACAGCAAUGCUAUGAAAAGACUUGAUCUUCAUAAUGAUGUCUGUAUUUAUAUAUAAAAAAUAAAAAUUGUAAAUGAUUAAUUAUACAUUUCAUUUGGCUUUCAUUUCAUUGCAGUCUCACAAAUAACUCAACCAGCACUCUUGGUGCACUCUUUUUAAUUUGGAUACAUCAGCAAACAUUCUGUUAGUUAGUUUAUAAGGAAGGUUAGUCUUCCUAAAUUAGUUAGACUUCUGAGGAAAGUUUUCUUUAAGUAAAUAGAAUGUUCACAGAAUGUUCUCCUAAUCUCUGGAUUAUUAUGUCUGUACACUAGGGCUGCACAAUAUAUUGUUUCGGUAUCGAUAAUAGUGACAUCGCAGGAUAUGCAAUGUUAAGUUAUGAAUAUAGUCGAUCAACAAUUGAGUAUACAUGAGAUUUGUGAUUCAUCGCAGCGUAUUACCAUAAGAGAGUGAAACUUAAUUAUUUGCAUGUGUUUUAAAGGCUCUUCAAGAAAGGGUAAAGCAUUCGGGCACAAGAUAAAACAUCUGUAACUUUAAUGAAGAACACUUUACUGAUUUAUUAAUACAAUUAACUAUACAGUGUUACUAAAUCUCUACAUUUGAAGACUCUCAGGAAAACCAUAAAAAUAGUUUUACUUUUUUCUUUGCUCGUAAUUAUUCUUGCAAUUUUAUUUUAAUACAUGAUUCACACCCUUACAAAAUCAACCCAACCAAUCUAAAUGAAGAGUUUUUGACAAAUAGAGCUAUUCAAGCCAUCUGGCAAAACAGUUUUUCAUAUUGCAAUAUAUCGCAGCAAAACAAAUUAUCGCAAUAUCAGAUUUUUCCAAUAUCGUACAGCCCUACUGUACACAAAUAAUCACUUCUACACUGUUUAUUCAUAAAAAA